CUGCAUCCACGAGCAGAAUGAACGGAGACAAGAAAUCAGAUGCUUCUAAUCAAGAGAGGCAGGAUUUCAUGCAGCACUUCUCCCACAUUGUCAAGGUGUUGACUGAAGAUGAGCUGGGGCACCCUGAGAUAGGGGACGCCAUCUCCCGGCUCAAGGAGGUCCUGGAAUACAACUUGAUCGGAGGCAAAUGCAAUCGUGGAAUGACGGUGCUGGCGGCCUUCCGGGACCUGGCUGAGCCCAGGAAGCAGGAUGCCGAGAGUAUUAAACAGGCCCUCACUGUGGGCUGGUGUGUGGAACUGCUCCAGGCUUUCUUCCUGGUUUCGGAUGACAUCAUGGAUUCGUCUCUAACUCGUCGGGGACAGCCCUGCUGGUAUAAGAAGCCGGGCAUAGGUCUGGAUGCUGUGAAUGACGCUCUGCUCCUGGAGGCGUGUAUCUACCGCCUGUUGAAGCUCUACUGCCGGGAGUUGCCCUGUUACCUGAACCUCAUCGAGCUCUUCCUGCAGACUACCUAUGCGACUGAACUUGGGCAGACUCUGGACCUCAUAACGGCCCCGCAGAACAAUGUGGAUCUUGCCCGAUUCACUGAAAAGAGGUACAAAUCCAUUGUCAAGUACAAGACUGCCUUCUACUCCUUCUACCUCCCUGUUGCUGCUGCCAUGUACCUGGCGGGCAUUGACGGGGAGAAGGAGCACACUAAUGCCAAGAAGAUCCUAAUGGAGAUGGGAGAGUUCUUUCAGAUCCAGGAUGAUUACCUGGACCUCUUUGGGGACCCCAGUGUGACGGGCAAGAUUGGCACUGACAUUGAAGACAACAAGUGCAGCUGGCUGGUGGUCCAGUGUCUGCAGCGGGCCUCUCCAGAGCAGCGCCAGAUCCUGCAGGAAAAUUACGGGCAGAAAGAUGCCAAGAAGGUAGCUCGGGUGAAGGCGCUCUACGAGGAAAUGGAUAUACCCACCGUGUACACACAGUAUGAGGAAGACAGUUACAAUCGCCUUAUGAGCCUUAUCGAGCAGUUUGCCAAUCCCUUGCCGGCGACUGUAUUCCUGGGGCUGGCACAGAAGAUCUACAAGCGCAAAAAAUAGCGUGCCAGCGUGCAUGGAGGGAGGCCCUCAAUAAAUUAUUGUUUGAUCUUGUA